UGGAGAAGUAAGAUAAAGAAAGAGGAGUGAAAAUGAGAGAUUUUCAUUGAGAAGAGAAGAAAUGGUGGGUAAGGUCUCCCGGUCCGCGCCUAACCCGACCUCCUCCUCCUCCUCCUUCUGCAAUCUGCGUACAUAACAUAACCGAUCUCUCCCUGCAGAGCAUUUGCAUCUAUCUGUGACGACGAACACAUACCCUAUAUCUUACGACGGCGCUGACACCUAUAUACAUACACCAAAGAAGAACAGAAACGAUUUCUAAACCCUAUCUCUCUCUCUCUCUAGUGUUUUGGAUUUUUUUAUAAUAGGGAUUGAGCUCUGCUGCUGCUGUGAAUGGCGGAGCCAAUGAGGAGGUUUGGAGUGGGCUACGCCUUGGCGCCCAAGAAGCAGGCGAGUUUCAUUCAGGCGUCUCUCGUGAAUCUGGCCAGGGAGAAUGGGAUCGAUCUCAUCCAGAUCGACACCGACAAGCCACUCGUGGAUCAGGGACCCUUCGAUUGCGUUCUCCACAAGCUAUACGGCGACGAUUGGAAGCGCCAGCUCCAGGACUUCUCUUCCCGGAACCCUAAAGCUCUCAUCAUCGACUCCCCGGAGGCCAUACAGCGCCUGCACAACCGUAUCUCCAUGCUCCAGUUCGUCACCAAGCUUCAGAUCGACUGCCAGGUCGCCUCUUUGGGUAUUCCUAAGCAAACCGUUCUCUACGACGCCCAAAUGGUUUCCUCCUUCAAAAUGGAGAACGAGGGUCUCAACUUCCCCGUCAUUGCCAAACCCCUGGUUGCUGAUGGAAGCGCCAAAUCACACAAGAUGCUUCUCGUUUUCAACAAGGACGGGCUCUGUAAGCUGAAGCCCCCCAUUGUUCUUCAGGAGUUCGUCAACCAUGGGGCUGUCAUCUUCAAGGUCUAUGUGGUUGGUGAUUAUGUCAAAUGUGUUAAGAGGAAGUCCUUACCUGAUGUCAAUGAAGAUAACUUGGGGUGUUUAGAGGGUUACUUCUCAUUUUCACAGGUCUCAAACUGUCGCACCAAUGAGAAAAAUGAUGACAAGUACUGCAAGAUGAUGAAUUUGGAGGAUGCGGAGUUGCCCCCUUUGAGUUUUCUCACAGAAAUAGCCAGAGGACUUAGAAGAGAAACAAGACUUCAUCUUUUCAAUUUUGAUGUGAUCAGGGACAACAAGCUGGGGAAUAGGUACCUUGUUAUUGACAUCAACUACUUCCCGGGUUAUGCAAAGAUGCCAAAUUAUGAGUCUGUCAUGACUGGAUUUUUCUGGGAUGUCUUGAGUACGAAAACAGAUGAGAGUUCCAAAGGUUUCAGGAUUGGGCUUGAGAAUGAGGUGAGGAUGUUGGUUGGGAACACUGGAUAUGAGGAAGCUGAAGUGGCAUUACCUGUUUCCCCCCUUAAGAGGGAGGAAGAGAAGGAGACUCCUAUCCAGGUCUGAGGGUGUGGGAUGUAUUUUUUUUGCAAAAUUCGGACGUUUGGUCAGUAAAAUUAGCUAAACAAUAGUGACCUUUCUCUUGGUUUGCAGUUGUUUUUUAGUUAGAGAGGAGGUAGUAAUAACUAGGUUAUUGGCUUUGUUCCGGCCCCAUGAAAGUUCUUUGUCAGAAGUGUACAAUUCAAUCUUAGCGGUGGGAAAUAGGUACAAUGCAAAUACUCUUUUUUCUAGGAAAGUGAAGUUUUAAUUCGAAAUGCAAAUGUAUUUCAUGGCUAUGAAAAGAUCUUAAUCGUCUGCCUUUGACAUCUUUGGUCGAUGAUUUUUGGUGGAGUGUAAAUCAAGUUUGAUUUUUUUCUGUUGUUAUUCUUCAAAGUUGCAUGGGUGUCAUAUUGCCAUGUUAUACAAAAUGUUAUGGCUUUUGCUGUUUUAAUCCAAAUUGGGUAUGUCACAUGGUAGGUUAAAUACAUAUUUUCUUGGAAUUUUCCUUGUAUGGACUUGAAGUAUAUUAUUCCCAAGGAGGUUUGGAAAGGCUAAGUUUCAUACCUUAUAUGUUUAGAUCUUGUUUCAG